ACCACCGGGAGCAGGGACAAGGAGAAAAGGAGAAAAGGAAAGGAAUAGGAGGCUUCCGAGAGGACUUUUGCUCUUCUUUCCUCAGCAUCCUUCUCUCCUCAGCAUCCUUCUCUCCUCUGCCUCCAGUCAUGGAGACGCGGCAGUUCUUUUGGCUCCGUGCGCUUCUCCUUUGGCUCCUCGUCAUGUUCUGCUCCAUCUACGCCACCAGAGCGGACAUAACCUGCAGGACGUGCCAGCCUGGAAAUAAGUGGCGCGCACGGGAAUUGUUGUUGAAAUUUGACACGAGCGGAUCCUCAACAGGGUCGCGGGGAGAGGAAGUUUUCGGACGCGGGGGUGAGUCAGGGAGAGCCGCGGCCGGAGGUGCUCAGAGCCAGUCGCGCUGCUCUGGCGCAGGCGGCCCGGCGGAAUGCGCUCCGGAGCCGCGCGUAAAAGGCGACACCGCGGAGAAAGAGUUCACCAAAGGGAAACUUUCUUCGGUCAUCUCCAACAAACACAGAACCAGAAGAGACAGCACCGCCCGUAAGGUCGGCCGUGGUCCGGAGCCGAGACCGGGCGCAGGCUCGGCGGCGCCAGGGCGCAGAGUGACGCGCUCGGACGUGCGCUGGAGCGCAGAGGAGCGGAGAGCCGCGGGUGCCAGGCAGGAGGAGCUGAGGCUCAACAGCUCCACGUUCGCCCUGACCGGGGAUUCGUCCCACAACCAGGCCAUGGUCCACUGGUCGGGACAGAACAGCAGCGUGAUUCUGAUGCUGACCAAACUGUUUGACUUCAACCUCAACAGCGUGACUGAGAGUUCAUUAUGGAGGUCGACCGAUUACGGAGCCACGUACCAGAAGCUGAAUGACAAAGUGGGAGCCAAGACAAUCCUCAGUUACUUGUAUGUGAGCCCAAACAACAAGAGAAAGAUCAUGUUGCUGACCGAUCCGGAGGUGGAGAGCAGCCUGCUGAUCAGCUCCGACGAAGGCGCCACCUACCAGAAGUACCGUCUGAACUUCUACAUCCUCAGCUUGCUCUUCCACCCGGAGCAGGAGGACUGGAUCCUGGCCUACAGCCACGACCAAAAGCUCUACAGCUCAGUGGAGUUUGGGCGGAGAUGGCAGCUGGUGCACGAGAGAGUGGCUCCAAACCGUUUCUACUGGUCCAAGAUGGGUUUGGACAAAGAGCCGGGCCUGAUACACCUUGAGACCAGCAUCUCUGAAGGACAGGCGCUUUACGUCACCUGCAAGCUGCAGAACUGCACCGACGCUAACAAAGGCAAACCAUUCCCAGGCUACAUCGACCCCAAUUCUCUGGUGGUGCAAGAUGAGUACGUUUUCGUCCAGGUGUCAACUGGAGGAAAACCAAUCUACUAUGUGUCGGCUAAAAGAGACGUCUUCACUCCCAUGAAGCUGCCCAAGUACACGAUGCCCAAGGACCUGCAUGUGAUCAGCACAGAUGAGAACCGCGUGGUGGCAGCCGUCCAGGAGUGGAACCAGAACGAAACCUACAACCUGUACGUGUCAGACACAUCGGGAGUCUUCUACACCCUGGCCCUGGAGAAUGUGGUCAGCAGUAUGGGCCCUGAAGGCAACGUCAUGGUAGACCUGUAUGAGGUCGCUGGGAUUAAAGGAAUGUUCCUCGCCAACAAAAAGACAGACAACCAAGUGAAGACCUACAUCACCUACAACCGAGGCAGGGACUGGAGGCUGCUGCAGGCCCCCAGCAGAGACCUGAGGGGCAGCAGCAUCCACUGUGUGCUGCCGUACUGCUCUUUACAUCUUCAUCUCCACGUGUCUGCAAAUCCCUACACAUCUGGAAACAUCGCCAGCAGGGACUCGGCACCGGGGAUUAUUGUGGCGUCAGGCUCAUUUGGCUCAGAGUUGACAGCCGGCAAUGUCAGCGUGUACAUCACAUCAGACGCAGGGAACACAUGGCGACAGAUCUUUGAUGAGGAGUACGCCGUGCUCUACCUCAACAAGGGAGGUGCCUUAGUGGCAAUAAGACACACUCCGCUUCCCAUUCGACACCUGUGGUUGAGCCUUGAUGAAGGACGACAGUGGAACAAGUACAGCUUCACAAACACGCCCCUGUUUGUCGACGGCGUGCUCGGCGAACCGGGCGACGAGACUCUCAUUAUGACGAUAUUUGGCCACGUCAGUCAUCGCUCAGAGUGGCAGCUGGUGAAAAUCGACUUCAGGUCCAUCUUCAACAGGAGGUGCACAGAUGCAGAUUAUCAGACCUGGCACCUGCACGACCAGGGUGAACCCUGCCUCAUGGGAUUGAAGAGAAUCUACCGGAAACUCAAGUCGCUCUCCAGGUGCGUCAUGGGAAGCAUGUACGCUGCGUCAAUGACUUCAGGGCCCUGUGAGUGCAGUGAGGCUGACUUUGAAUGCGAUUAUGGCUUCGAGAGACGGACCGACGGCAAGUGCACCCCCGCCUUCUGGUUCCAUCCGUCAUCCAUGUCCAGGAGUUGCACCACAGGAAUGACUUUCCUCAACCGCACUGGCUACAGGAAAGUUGUGUCCAAUAACUGCACAGCAGGGGUCAGUGUGGAGUACACAGCCAGGAGGCAGAAGUGUCCCAUCCAAGCACCCCGUGGUCUCUACCUGGUCACCAGUGAGGGCGCUCUGACCGCCACGUUAGGCAGCAAUGUCACCUUCCUAGUUUUCCUGGAGGAGGGAGACAGCGCCAGGACGAGCAUCACGCUGGACUUUGGGGACGGUCACGCUCUGACCUACUCUAAUGUGAGCUCCAUUGAGGACGGAAUCAAACACAUCUACAAAACUGUGGGGAUCUACAGAGUGACCGCCACUGGGGAGAACAGUCUGGGCUCGGAGACGGCCACGCUCUACCUGCACGUAACAUGUCAGCUGGAGCACAUCCAUCUCUCCGCCCCCUUUGUGGCCGUGAGGAACAAGGAGGUGAACCUGACUGCUGUUCUGUGGCCCAGCCAAGUGGGAACAGUCACCUACAUCUGGUGGAUCGGAAAUAACACAGAGCAGCCACUAAUCACCCUGGAGGGGAGUGUAGCGUGCACGUUCUCCCGGGAAGGCAUCAGUAGUGUCACGGUGCAAGUGUCCGCGGGGAAAACGAUUCUGCAGGACAGAAAAACCAUCGCUGUCCACGAAUAUUUCAAAUCUCAUCUGCUGGCCUUUUCAUCAAACCUGGACGACCACAACCCUGAUGUGGCGGAGUGGAGGCUGGACGUGAGCCGAGUCAUCAAGAGCUCUCUGAUCCAGGCCACAGGGGUCAGAGAAGACCAGCUCCUGGUCACUGUUCUCCCAGGUCUGCCAACCACGGCAGAGUUUUUCCUCCUGCCUGACAAACGGUUAAAGGAUGGGAAUCUAGAGCAGCUGUCGGAGGUUCUGCUCGGUGCCUUGAAUCAAAACCUGGUCCAGUUCACGUUGAGACCAGAGGUCCAAGUGACGGUGUACGCAGCCCACCUGUCAGCAGCGCCCCUAGUGGACACCAGCGAGAACCACAGCGGCUCGGCCAUGCUCAUGCUCCUGUCGGUGGUGGUCGUGGGUUUGGCUGUGUUUGUCAUCUACAAAUUCAAGAGGAAGAUCCCAGGCCUCAACGUCUAUGCGCAAAUGCAGAAUGAAAAAGAACAAGAAAUGAUGAGUCCAGCUGAUCCAACGGAGGCCACGCCCAGCUCUCAGCAGGACCUGGUUCACUCUUUGGAGAUUCUGGACACAGAGUUGAACUCACGGCCCAUUGAGAUAAUGUGGUCGAGUCAGACUCACAACGGCAGAUAAACAGAGAGAGGAGGAUUGGAAAGAUGUAUGAAACCUCAUGUACAUGUGAAAUUCUCCACUGAACUCCCAACAUAUGUUGUCUGACCUUUGGACUGGACCCGGAUUCCAGCGUCGUCAUGGAACAAUUUUUUUUUGUUUCUUUUCCUUUUGUAACCCUUGGGGACACAAAGGUUUGGAGCUUUAUAAGAACCUGUGCAUGAUGGACCCUGAGGACACGAGCUGUUCAAACCAGAAGGAACUGUGUACAGAAACCCAUACUGCUGCAGGGACACGAACGGUCCAUCACUUAGAUCAAGUACAACAGAGGACACCUGUUUACCGUCGCUAAAGAUCCAGUGGCCAACGUGUGGUAGAACUCGGUAACUACAACGGACACACGGAGCUGUGCCAUGUCCUCACCGGGGAUUUUAUAAGUUGAUAUCACUAAUAAUUAGCGAUAUGAAGGCCCUAGCACUUUCUGACUAGUGUCAGAAAAUAUAACAAAAGUGAAGGUGAACUCAAACAAUAAACACUAUAAACAAGGGAAGACUGGUAUACUGCAACACUGUUAUGACAUUAAAGGUUAUGUUAUUAUGCAACAGCAGUGUUGUGAAACCAGUAAAAGCAUAAUAAUUGUAAUAUUGUGAUUAAUUGUCUGGCAGUUAUUGUACCAAG